UGCCUGCCUGUCUGCCUGCCUGCCUGCCUGUCUGACUGGCUCACUUUGCAUUGAGUUACAAAGGCAGAUAGUUUCAUUUUGGCACUGAGAGAGAUCUUACAGUGACAGGGAACGAUGGAAGUGCAGGUGGCAAUGUUGCUUUGAAAGAGGAGGAUAAGUAUGAUGAUGAUGAUGAUGGGUUGACUGAGAGGUCCCCACACCUGCACCAUGGAAUCCACAACAGUUCUUCACUUUGAGCCCUCCGAAGUUCCUCCUUCAGGUAUGUCCAAGAAUGGAUACCUUUUCCAAGAGAUGGCGUUACAGGAGGGCGACCCAGACAGCGUCUGUGAGAGCCGAGAGGAAGGUCCGGAUACACCCAUUGCCACGGAGGACAACGUCCGCUUCUUCAUCAAUGUCGAAGCCAAGCAAGGGGGCACUGCAGAUACUGAUGAUGCAGGUUGUGUGUUACUGCAUACAUCAAAAAAGUAUGUGAAGCUCAUGAACUUCGAGGAGGAGAUCCGGGCUCAUCGCGACCUGGACGGCUUCUUGGCCCGAGCCAGUAUCCUCCUGGAUGAGACAGCUGCCUCGCUGGACGAUAUGCUCAGGGAGAUGCUGCAUCACGUGGCCCAGGACAGCAACGAACCCGAUUGCAACUUCGACAGCGUCAUGAGCAUGCUGUUCACAGAUGCAGGGAGGCCACAAGAGGGCAAUGUCCAUCUCCUGUCGGAAACCAUUCAAGGCGUGACAGCUACAGCCACAGGGAUUCAGUACCAGCAGUCCUGGCUCUGCAUCGUCUGCAACGCCAAGAACCUUGCGAGGCGACAUGUCUGUAUCUCCCGACUUGAGCGGCCUCAGAACUGGGGGGAGAACUGCUGUGAAGUCAGAUACGUCAUACUGGUCCUGGCACCACACAAAAUGAAAAGCACCAAGACUGCAAUAGAGCUGGCCCGCACGUUCGCCACCAUGUUCUCUGACAUCACCUUCCGGCAGAAACUGCUGGAGACCAAAACUGAUGAGGAGUUCAAAGAGGCCCUGGUCAACCAGAGGCACCAGCUCACCGCCACUCACCAGGAUCCUGCCACCAAGACAGAGGGCACAGACCCACACAGUGACAAGCCCCUCAGGUGCCAAGACUUCCUAAGGGCUGGGAGAGGGAUUUACGAUGACCUGUGUCGCCGACUGCCUCUUUACCCUUCAGACUUCACAGACGGAAUUAUUGGGAACAACAAGACAAUCGUGAAGUUCAUCACAACAGCCAUCUUCCUCUACAUUGCCAUCCUUCUGCCAGCAAUAGCCUUCGGUUCGCUGAACGACGAGAGCACACGGGGAGAAAUUGACGUGCAGAAGACAAUCAUUGGGCAAGGAAUUGGCGGAAUUAUCUACUCCCUAUUUGCUGGAUCACCGUUGGUUAUUCCCUUAACGACAGCUCCUCUCGCUCUGUUUAUCACUGUGAUCCGAGGAAUCUGUGAUGACUACGAUAUAAGCUUCCCAGCUUUCUACGCUUGCAUCGGUCUGUGGAACAGCUUCUUUCUCAUUCUUGGGGCUGUUUUCAAUGUCAGCCUGGUGAUGAAGCUCUUCAAACGGUCCACAGAAGAAGUAAUUGCACUUUUUAUUUCCAUUGCAUUUGUGGGGGAUGCAGUCAAAGGGACUGUUAAAAUUUUCCACAAGUAUUACCACAAUCCACCGUUUGAGAAUGGCACCGCGGAUCAUGUGACGAAAGUGACACGCUUCUCUGGGUACAGCGGUAAUGCCUCUUCUGGGAUCCUGGACACAGUGCUUUGCGGACGGGAGAGCGCUGUCCUCAGUCUGCUGCUGAUGCUAGGGACCUUGUGGCUUGGAUACACACUCUACCAGUUCAAGAGAAGCCCCUUCCUCCACGCCAAAGUGCGAGAAGUUCUGUCAGACUGUGCCCUGCCCAUCUCCGUCCUGAUGUGCUCCUUCGUGGGAUCCUACCUGUUCUUAGAUAUACACCUUCCAAUCUUCACUUUCCAUACUGGUAGUAUGUUCAACGUGGCUCCGUUCCGCCUGCUCUCCCCAAUGAAUGUUGUGAGCGCCAUGGGGCUGGGAUUCCUCUUGGCGGUGCUCAUCUUCAUUGACCAGAACAUUGUGAUGUCACUGACCAACGCGCCAGAGAACAGGCUACUGAAGGGCACAGCCUAUCACUGGGACCUGAUGUUGUCAGGGCUCAUCAAUGUUCUGAUGUCAGUCUUGGGGUUGCCAUGGAUGCACGCCGCCUUCCCACACUCCACUCUGCACGUCCGCCAGCUGGCCUUCGUGGAACAACGAGUGGAGAACGGACACCUGUAUGAGACGAUCGUCAGUGUGAAGGAGACCCGUCUGACCUCACUGGCUGCCAACAUCCUGCUGGGCGUGUCUGUGUUCCUGCUCCCCGUGCCCCUGCAGUGGAUUCCCAAACCCGUUCUGUAUGGCCUCUUCCUCUACAUUGCCCUCACCUCCAUUGACGGUAACCAGCUUUGCGACCGGAUGGCGCUCCUCCUCAAAGAGCAGACUUCCUACCCCCCUACCCACUAUAUUCGGAAAGUGCCCCAGAGAAAGAUUCACUAUUUCACCGGGCUUCAGAUGUUGCAGCUGCUCGUCCUGUGUGCCUUCGGGAUGUACCCUCUGCCCUACAUGAAGAUGAUCUUCCCUCUCAUCAUGAUCAUACUGAUUCCUGUCAGGAACUACCUGCUUCCCAAGAUUAUCGAAGCCAAGUACUUGGACACAAUAGAUGCACAACACAUGUGAAGACUGCUGGACAGGACAGGAAUUGGAUUUCAGCUGAAACUCCACUAGAACACGACUUUUACAAGUGUAAUAAAAAGGAGGGCUUUUACGUAGAAUGUUUUCUGUUAGUAACCGAUGGAAUUCACUUUUGUGGUUUUCAUGAAAAUGAAGCUCUUGGACUGACGACCAAUCAUUGCCAUGAUUGUGGAUCAGGCUUCUGCAGUAAUAGCCUGGGAAAUGUUUUCUAUGUCAUUCCAUUUUAUUUUAUUGUUUACUUUUAAUCUUUGAAAGUCUAUACACAUAUUUUAACAUUGGCAAUACUUUUUCUUUUUUUUUUGGACGCUUCUCGUGCCCCCCUGUUGAGAACCACUGGGUGAAUGUGAUGGAUUAGCAACUACGACACUUCAUAUUAGCUGCUCGUGUAUAGUUUACGUUGAGUUGUUGUGAUCAAGUUUUUGAAGACUCUGAUCAAUGUGAAUUAAAGAUUGCUAAAUGACAAGCUUGGUUUCUUCUCAGAGAAACUAAGCUGUAUUAAUAACAGUCAAAGUUGUUCUAAUAGUGGAAAACACCAGUGGAGGCUUUGAGUAAAUUGUUGUAACAAACAGUAUUGUGUGAUGCAUUAAAAUCCACGAUUGCAAAAUGGUUAGGACGCUCACUUGCAAUGAGCAGGGUUGCCAGUUUAUGCCCAUCCUCUGCUCUAUAUAUUGACAACGUUUAAAAAAUUUAUAUAGCCUAAAUCUCCCUAGUUGAUGACCAGUAGCUCCCAUGUGGAAUCUGAGUUGUAAUAGUAUAUUGUAUAUUUAUUAGUCAAUGCGUUAAGGGUGUAUGUAUGCGACAUGCAUGGAUUGUAAAGAGAAUAAGAGCUAUUGUCUGUUUGGAAUAGGCCUAUAUAUCCAGUGGUCCUAUUCACUAAACUUUAAAGACUGUUUUAAGGUGAAUGUUUUAAAACUUUCUUUUUAGUUAAACAGGGCUUUGAAAGAUGAGAAUGAACUUAUAACCCUCUCUGUAAAAUAUGCAGGAAAAAGUAUCAUUAACUUGAGCUGAAAAAAAUUAUUAAAAUAAUGAAAAUGGGGAGUAGGGGCUAGUAUAACAUAUUGUAUAUGUAGUAUAUAUGUACAGCUAUAGCCAAAAGUUUUGCAUAGCCCUAUAGAAUUAACUAAUUUUGUUUCAUAAAGUUGCAUGAAACCUGAUGAAUGAUGUUAUGUUAACAUAAUGAAUUACAUACCGCUUUGUAGUUUUCUGUAUACUUAACAAAAAAACUGUCAAAAAUGUGACAUUUCAAAAUGUAACAUAAAAUGCUGUACUAUUAUUAUGGCUUUUUUGUAGUUUCUUUGAUUACACAAUGUUAAAUAAAAUAUCUAAAUUAUGUUCAUAUAGUAUUAUUAUUAUUAUUAUUAUUAUUAUUAUUAUUAUUAUUAUUAUUAUUAUUAUUAUUAUUAUUAUUAUUUCUCAAUCCUAAAAUCCUAGGUUAUGCAAAACUUUUGGCCAUAGCUGUAUGUAUGUGUUUAUAUAUGAAGUCUGUGAAAAGCAAUACAUUUCAGAAUGUAAAGCCCUCUUUACCCUUUUAUACUGAGCCUGUCUCAAAGAUCAGGCCAAUUUGUUUGCAGCAUUUUUUACUUAAUGGGAGACCUUUAUUCCUCUGGUGUUGACAUUCUGUGAGCUUGGGUGUAGCAGCCAAUCCUGUUGCCUUUCAAGGGAAACACCCAUAUAUACAACGACCAAUCAUAAAAUACCUUUAUUUUUACCUGACUGAAUUGUGGCUGCCUUGUGCAUUCUAUUAUAACUUAUGAAAACAGAAAAGCAUUACUGGUGCAGGUUCCUUUAAUAAACAUGACCGGAAUUGAAAUUUGUAUCCUGGGAUUACUAACAGGGUUUGUUUUCCCACUGGGAUAAUUGCUAAUGCUUUUAAGGUUUCCAAAGUUUUCAAACUCUUUUUAAACCAGCUUUGAAGUUUUGUUUUAUACCAAACAUACUCAGUGCCUCUCUUUGUGUCCGUCAUUAAAAAUGCAAUGUAGUCCA